AUUGACUGUGUUCUGACCUCUCCUAAAUACCAGUUACAUUUACUGCAAACCUUUCUAGUAAAGAAUACCGCUUUUGGCUCCUUCUGUCAGAGGCUGUUACAUAUUUCCUUGUAGUGUGUUUCUGGCAAGAAACCCGUCUCAGAGCUGCACUGCUUCUAGCAAAGUUCGGGAUCCAAAGCCCUGUGCGCCACUUGUCUCUUUUCCUUAAUGUCCCAGCCUUCUUAGUGGGGUGGGGAACCCUUUGAUCAAAUAUUCUUUCAGGUGAGAGCACACAGAAGAUGCUCCAGUCAGCUGGAGGUCUGUUGGGGGAAGAGACAGAGAGGAGGUGUAGUGUCAACGAUGGCAUCAUCGUCAUAGGUUUGAGAAGAGCACCCUGAACAAUGCGAACUCUGUGUCAGCAGACAAUCUAAUCGAAUGUGUGAAAAUGAAGGACCACCAGAAGUUGAAGGAGCUGCAUAAGAUGGGGGCAGACCUGUGUGUGCAGGACCCUGUGGGCCGUACCCUACUGCACUAUGCUGUGGAAGUGGGCAGCAAGGAGAUUGUCAGAUACAUCAUUGAUAAUGCACCCACCGAUAUUCUGGAUGUAACGGAGAGAGAAAACGGAGAGACGGUGUUGCACAAAGCGGCCUCGUUGUGUCAUAGGACAAUCUGUCAUUACCUAGUGGAGGCGGGAGCAUCUCUCAUGAAGACAGACUUACAGGGCGACACUCCAAAGCAUCGUGCCGAGAAGGCGAAUGAUGCAGAACUCGCGGCAUAUCUUGAGAAUCGCCAGCACUACCAAAUGAUCCAGCGUGAAGACCAGGAGACUGCAGUUUGACCUUUGACCUCUCACCCUUCACCUCAACCAGUGUCCUCCUUUUUGUGCCAAAACAACAGUAACCAAAAAUGUAUCUCUAUACCCAUCGCAGGCUCUCUGGACUGCACAAGGGGGGGAGGGGGGAUUGAUUCCCAGAGAGGGGAGACGGUCGGACACUUAACUCUCUGAGGAGGUCCCUAGCUUUUAUCAUCAUUCUCUGAAUGACCUGUUGAACUUAAUGUCUUUUAUUUCAUUGCACUGCCAAAACAUCUUAGAGUUUGUAUGUAUGAAACAGGAUGCAGAAUUCUCUCCAUGUUAAUGCACUCAUCAAGUUAGCUUUCUAGUUUGACAAUGCUGAAUGUUAGAUGAAUAGAAUGAGGAUCUCGAAGAUGUCCAUGGGCUGGUGAGGACAGUGCUGUGUGUGUCAGUAGAGUCAGGGCUAUGGUGAAUGCUCCAGCUCCAGCUUCAGUAUUGCUCUGUUAUGGCUGAACUUUAGUCUGGUCAGGGGUCCAGAACAUGAACCAGAACUCGAAACAACAUUUCAACAUAGCUGACUUAUUUCCUAAUAACAGUAGAGCCAUUAAAUAAUAUGAUGUUAAUGUACAGUAUAAUGUAACUUUCUAGAUUCCUCUGCACUGAAAGAGUUCAGGAUGGUUCAAAGACAGGAAGGUUUUCCUAGGGCCUUGGUUUUUAAGUAUCAGAACGAUUUAGAUAUUUUUCAGGUUUGUUUAUUCGAAGGAUUUUGCAUUUUCAUAGAUUUCUGUGCGGUUUCUAAUAAGAACAUUUGGUACUGUAAAUGUAUGCGAGUAGCUUUCUGUUUAAGAGGCAUUUUGCACUGUAGCUUCGAUUGCCUCCUUUAUUCUAUAAUAUGGAUUUAUAAUUGAUGUGCUAAAUAUAUCUUCUUUCCUACAAUAUUUUGAAGUAAAUAGAUGUUUAUAUAAUUUGUAGCUAUAAAAAAUAUGUGUUGUCAUGUUUGUAUUAUAAAACUCUGUAAAUUAGAUUUUGGUUUAUUGGAGUUUCAGCAUUUUUCUUAAUUCUUUGUGAUAAACCAACAUACUCUAUAAGAGUUUGUUUAUUGUUUGUUUUGUUGUGUUUUUUUUUUUUUUGUGUGCUGAUGUCUUAAUACAGAUUCAAGAUUUUAGGAUGCUAAUUAUUUUCCUAAAAAGAUAAAUAUUGAAAAUAUUUUAGCCUUGAAAGAAACAUACGUAUUUAAUAAUAUUAGUCAUUUAUAAUGUAUUUCAGUAAUUUACAUCACAGAAUGAAACCCUUCUUUGUCCAGAAAGGUUACUACUUCAUUAAUGAUAUGACCCACUGGUUUCAAAGUUCUUUACAAUAAAUGCCAUUAUACAGGAUGUAUGCAUAUUCACAAUGUAUAACACAUUGUAUUUAGCUCAGUUCUAUUCUUUCUUUGGAACAACAUUGAAAAGUUUGAGUGUUUAAACAACCAUCCAUUCAACCCUUUUACCCUGACAGAUAGUCUUGAUGAAUGACAUCAUAUGCCAUACACACUGAACUCACUGAACUCUUACAUGGGAUAUGUCUUAAUAAACAUGGAAUAUGUCUUAA